UCUGAAGCAAUGGGUGACUGGAGCUUUCUGGGGAGACUAUUAGAGAAUGCGCAAGAACACUCUACGGUGAUUGGCAAAGUUUGGCUGACUGUUCUGUUCAUCUUCCGAAUUCUGGUGCUGGGUGCAGCUGCGGAAGAAGUCUGGGGAGAUGAACAGUCAGACUUUACGUGUAACACUCAACAGCCAGGUUGUGAAAAUGUCUGCUACGACAAGGCCUUUCCCAUUUCCCACAUUCGCUUCUGGGUCCUGCAGAUCAUAUUCGUCUCCACACCCACCCUCAUUUAUCUGGGCCAUGUGCUGCACAUCGUUCGCAUGGAAGAAAAAAAGAAGGAAAAAGAGGGAGAACAGCUUAAGAAAAACCACCUGCAGGGAGUGGGGGAACUUAGUGGUCCCAACGGCCAUAAAGAACCACUAACCAGAAAUGAGGGGACCAGGAUGGAAAAGAAAGAGAAGUCUCCCAUACGAGACGAUCGAGGCAAAGUCCGGAUAGCCGGUGCCCUACUACGCACCUACGUCUUUAACAUUAUCUUCAAGACUCUGUUUGAAGUGGGCUUCAUUGUGGGGCAGUAUUUCCUAUAUGGUUUUGAGCUAAAGCCACUCUACCGCUGUGACCGGUGGCCAUGCCCCAACACUGUGGACUGCUUUAUCUCCAGGCCCACAGAAAAGACCAUCUUCAUUAUUUUCAUGUUAGUGGUGGCUUGUGUGUCUCUCUUGCUCAACAUGCUGGAGAUCUAUCACCUGGGCUGGAAAAAGCUUAAACAGGGUAUGACCAACCAUUAUAACCCAGAUUCUCCCGAAGCCAAAAUCGUUCCCUCAAAAUGUAGCAGCCUCGGCCCACUUCUGCUUUCCUCCCACUCUGCCCCGCCUACCGUUGGAUUCCCCCCUUACUAUACUCAGUCUGCCUCUUCCCUAGGCCAGGCAACCACUGCAGGCUAUCCUGGGGCUCCUCCACAACCCACAGAAUUCAGAAUGGUCACUCUUCCCGAGGAGCACAGUAAGGCAGCCCCGGCUAAAUAUUAUGGGGGCAACCACCACCACAUCUUAAUGACUGAGCAGAACUGGGCCAACCAGGAGGCAGAACAACAGACUUUUGAAAGGAAGUCAUCCCCACCUGACACCGCCCCUGGCACGCCCACCACCCCCAGCAGUGUCCGGCAGCUUCUGCACGAGCGAGGAGACAGUGGGGGAGGAAGUAAAGUGCCCCUGCUGUUGAUUAAUGGGAGUAGCAGCAGUCUGGGGGCCGCUAAAUCAGAGGUAAACUCUGAGGGGGAGAAACAGCCAGGUACCACCACAGUUGAGAUGCACGCACCUCCCCUGCUUCUCAUUGAUACAAGACGGUUAAGUAAGGCUAGUAAGUCCAGCAGUGGUAGAGCCAGAUCGGAUGACUUAGCCGUCUAACAUUGUUCAC